GAUCAUGUGUGUUGAUUAUUUGUUUGAAUGAGCAGGGGGAAGAUGACUAUGUGCAACCUGACGCUGGGCAGUGAGGUGCAGGUGUUCCAGAUGGUGGUUGCCAUCCCCACCUUUGCGCUGGGCUUCCUGGUCAACGUGGCUGUGCUGGUGCUCUUCUGCCGCCAGUGGAGGAACUGCAGCGACAUGAUGGUCUACCUGGCCAACAUCGCACUGGCCGACAGCACGGCCCUGUUCUCCCUGCCCCUCAGGAUAUACUCCUACAGUCACCCCUGGCCCUUCUCCCUGAAAGCGUGCAACCUGCUCAUCUCCGCCUACUUCGUCAACACCUACGUCAGCAUCUUCACCACCGUGGCCAUCAGCCUGGUGCGCUACAUAGCCGUGCGCUUCCCCUUCAAGGCCAAGGUGGUGAUGUCUUCGUUCAGGGCCAUGGUGGUGUGCGUGCUCAUCUGGGUGGUGAUCAUCUCUCUGAGUGCUGUGUUUCACGCUGUGGAUGUCCCACCCCCUGAUGACAACUCCAACGCCACCGCACCAGUGAUCUGGUGCUUUCAGAAGAACUCGGAGCAGCCGCUGCCACUCUCCUUCAUCGUGGUGCUGGUGCUGGUGGGCUACCUGCUGCCCCUGCUCAUCAUGACCUUCUGCUCCGUCAAGGUCAUCCGCACGCUGGUCAGGAGGGACGUGUGCGGCAGCAGCCACCCGGAGAGGAAGCAGUCCGUGCGCAUCAUCGCCGCCAACAUGGCCGUGUUUGUCGUCUGCUUCUCCCCGGUUCAUUUCGGCUACCUGCUGAAGUUCCUCAACGAGACACACUGGCCUUGGGACUGCGGAAGGCUGCAGUUCUCGCACUCGUUGGUGCACGUGGGCAGCAGCCUGGCCUCCACAAACUGCUUCCUGGACUCCUUCAGCUACUACUUCCUGGCCACCUCCAGCUGGGGCACGCUGCGGGAGGCCUGCUGUGGCACGCAGCACAAAGACAGGGAGCAGAGCGCCGUCAUCUGACCUCCAUCUUGGAUUGGGCAAGGGAAGCUUUCUCAGCAACAUUAUUGAGAAAGGCAGCAGAGUGAUGUCAACUUACAUCCAUUUUAGGUAGGGCAAACCUGCUGCUGCAAACACCACAGAGUGCAGCGAUGUCAUCCAUCUUGGACAGGGGAGGCACGCUCAGUGACACGUCUGAGAGAGCCAGCACAGUGCCUAUAUCUGACAUCCGUCUUGGACAGGGCAAAGGGAUCAUUCUCAGAGACAUGUCUGAGAGAGACAGCACAACACUGUCAUCUGACAUCCAUCUUGGACAGGGCAAAGGGAUCAUUCUCAGAGACAUGUCUGAGAGAGACAGCACAACACUGUCAUCUGACAUCCAUCUUGGACAAGGCUUGAUGGAUGCUGCCUUGCAUACAUGAACUAAUGGUUAUAGAGGGGGCAUUUGGAUCAGAGACAUGACUGGAAAAUGAAACUGUACUGUAACUUAUGUUCCAACCACAAGUGGUCAAGUCGUUGAGGUCGCCAAAGACGACCCUGAAGAAGACACUCGGUCGAAACGUUAGUCAUGCUUGCACCAAAAUAAAAUAGUAGGGAACGUAUCCAGUGUGCUCCUGACAUCCUCUGCCCAGUCUCUCUGAAGUGGACCAACUUGUUUCCUAUCACCUUCAUCUCAUUUUAUUUAUUUGUUUAUCAUUAUGACGUUGGAAUGUUUGAUAUUGCUUAUCAUGCUGCAGCUCUGGCUUAUCGAUAUGGAAUAUUGAUACAUCCACAUGCACACAUGUGCGCCCACACUGUUGCUGUGUGUCAUUGUAAGUUUGUGCCAGUGCAUAGAGCUACUGUAGGACUUGAGGUAAAGGACACUUGCACUUAGCUCAACUCCAUUUUUUUUAUUAACUCAAUUUUUUUAUACCCACGUUAACAAAUCGCUAAUUU